CAAGGAUUGAGGGGUUUCACUCAAGAGAGGUCACAUGGUCCAAGAGGACUCUAUAAAAGUGCAUGGUGUCCAUGUACUACAGCUCACUCCCUUCAGUCUUCUUAUCUCCAGUUGGUGUUAGUGGUGAGCUGAGGCUGUUCCUCAACCUUCUGUUCUCUCAAAAACAGGGCACAGCAUAGCUACAAUGUCUGACACUGAGGAGAUUGUGGAGGAAUAUGAAGAGGAGGAGGAAGCAGAGGAAGAGGUUGAGGAAGAGGAGAAUGUAGAGGAGGCCCCUCAAAUAGAGGAUGAUGAAAAUGAAGCAGAGGAAGAAAAUGAGGUACAGGUAGAACAGGAAGAAGACUCCAAGCCUAAGCCUAAGUUUUUUGUCCCUGCCAUUGUCCCUCCCAAGCUGCCCGAUGGAGAGAAGGUGGACUUUGAUGACCUCCAUCGUAAACGUGUCGAGAAGGACUACAAUGAGCUUCAGGGCCUCAUCGAGGCACACUUUACCAACAGGCAGAAAGAGGAAGAGGAGCUGGUAGCCCUGAAAACCCGCAUUGAACGGAGACGUGCCGAUCGUGCAGAGCAGCAGCGCAUUCGAACCGAGCAAGAGCGUGAGAGACAGGCUCGUUUGGCUGAGGAAAGGACGCGGCGUGAGGAGGAGGUGGCCAAACUCCGGGCUGAGGAGGAAGCCAAGAAGAAGAAACUCCUCACCAAUAAGGGCUAUGGAGGCUACCUGCAGAAGGUGGAACAGAAGAAGGGCAAGAAGCUGACAGAACGUGAGAAGAAGACAAAGGCCCUCAUGGAGCGCCGAAAGCCACUCAACAUCGACCACCUUAAUCAGGAGAAACUAGCUGAGAAGGCCCGAGAUCUCUGGCAGUGGCUGCAGCAGCUCCAUGCUGAGAAGUUUGACCUGGGUGAGAAGCUGAAGAGGCAGAAGUAUGAUAUCAAUGUGCUGCGCAACCGUGUCAAUGACCAUCAGAGAUACAGCAAGACAACCAAGACCACCAGGAAAUCCUGGAAAUAGAUAAUGUGGAUUAGGGAAUAUAUAUGAUAUGAUAUGAUGUGGUGGCAUAGACUCUUGGUCACAUCACAGUUUAACUUUAUUGAUUUUAUCUUUGAUUUACAGUGAAUUCUUUUGGUAAGAAAGAUCAGCCAAGACCAUGUUUGCUGACACUACAUACUUAUGCAAGACUGACAGAAAUCCAAUGUUUUAAAGAUUACAGUUCUAAGUGUGUUCCUGGUUUAGUCUGUAUUACUUAUACAAUUGAGGGCAAAGGUUUACGUUCCCCAUGGCGUCUGAAUGGAAGGAGAAUAUAUCACUCUUUUGAAAUGUAUUUCCAAAAAAACAACAACAACAAAAAGUAAAAUAUCUAAUUCCAAGAUGUUAAAUGUGAAAUUUGCAUAUAUAACAGGCAAUACAUAAGGCAAAAUUAAUAGGAAAAUAGGUUAAAAAGAACUGCAGUAUAAGAAAGUGGAGUUUGACAUCUGCCAUAGAUAGAGCAGACAUUUUUCAAAAAGAAUGGGCAUCUAACUAUCUAACUGUCUGGCCGAGUUAGACCAGAUAUCUCUAGAAGAAUGUGUGGUUGGGUGGGCUGUUGGGGGAAGAGCUGUUGAAAGGAAAUGGACGAGGUUGUGGGGCAGUCAUAAAGGCAGAGUGUGGGCAUACAAGCUAUUGGACAAUAUUAAAAUCAAAUACAGCAAAUGAGAUGCAAAUUGCCAAAUAAUAGCAUUAUAUAUAUAUAUAUAUAUAUGACAAUUUUCUUACUUGAAACAAAGAAGGAACAUCUGUGAAUCCUUACACACCAAAUGUCUUUGUGCUAUAAAUGACUUUUCUCUGUCUUCUUCAUUUUGUCCUAAGGGUAUACAAACUUUUGCACUCAACUGUAUGAAAUAGUUGUUGAGUUGCUUUUUGUCUGUUUUGUUUCCUAUGCAUUUAAAUUUUUUUGUCACUUUAAAGUAGGUAACUAUUAUAAGGUGCUAUGUUUAAGUGUUUUGUCCCCUCAACAUUUUCUUUAUCUACAUGGUGGAAUGGAAGGCAUGCCUGCACGGACACGGUGUUAUCUCAAACUCGACAGCACAUAUCAAAUUGAAUGUUAAAAUACAUAAUCAAGGACCACUUUUAAGAUGAUUUUAGCAACAAUUAAACAUUAGUUAAACAUUU